CAAACCUCAUCACCCACACCGCAAAACCUCGAUUGUCACGAUACUCGCAUCUGCAUCUACAAUCGACACGAAGGGACAUUGAUUCGGCAUUUACUAGUUUGAGAUUUCCCGCUCGGUCGUGCCGCUGAGCGGCUAAUCUCAACGACCAUGACGAAACUUCCUGGACUCGUCGCAUCGGGCGGGCUCCUGCUGACGACGCUCGGUUCCGUCGCCGCCGACGUCUAUACUCCGAAACACGAAGCCGGACGCUGCGCGAUUCGAGGGCAUUGCGGCUCAAAGAGCUUUUUCGGCAGCCAGCUGCCCUGCGUCGACAAUGGGCUCGCCGAGGAACCAGACGCCAAACUGCGUGGGCAGCUGGUUGAGCUCUGCGGUCCGAAAUGGGCCCAGGGCCCCGUUUGCUGCACCGCGGAGCAGGUCGACGCGCUCAAGUCGAAUCUACAGACGGCGAAUCAGAUUAUCUCCACGUGUCCCGCGUGCAAAGACAACUUCUACAACAUGUUCUGCACAUUCACCUGCUCGCCCGAUCAGUCCCUCUUCAUCAACGUGACCAAGACGAUGGAGAAGAACGGGAAGACGCUGGUGAGGGAGCUGGACCAGCUGAUAUCGGAGGAGUACGGAUCAGGCUUCUAUAACAGUUGCAAGGACGUCAAGUUUGGGCCGACCAACUCGAGGGCCAUGGAUCUGAUCGGAGGCGGCGCCAAGAACCACGCCCAAUUGCUCAAGUUUCUCGGCCAGGAGCGGUUCGGGGGUUCGCCCUUCCAGAUCAACUUCCCGACGAGCUAUCCCGAGGAGAACAUGGGUCCGCUCGAGAUGACGCCCAAGAAGUGCAACGACGAGGACCCCAGCUUCCGGUGCGCCUGCAUCGACUGUCCCCAAGUCUGCCCCAAGCUGCCGGCGGUCAAAGAAGAGGGCUCGUGUCAUGUCGGUGCGCUGCCAUGCCUGUCGUUCGCGUCUAUCCUCACAUACGGCGUCGCGCUCUUCGUCUUCCUCGCUGCCGUGGUCGGACGCUUUGUAUGGACCAGACACGCGAAGCGGAGGAGCGAGCGCUUACGGCUGCUCACGGACGCGACACCGAGCGACGAUGAGGACGAGGGAUACCUCACCCAAAACGGUGCCAUGUUCGAUCGCCCUCGAAACGCAUACAUUGUCAACACCUGGUGCGAUGCCGCCUUCUCGCGGUUGGGACACACGGCUGCGCGGUUCCCCGCCUUGACUAUCGCUACUAGCACGCUGGUGGUGCUGUUGCUCAGCUUCGGCUGGUUCCACUUUGAGAUCGAGAAGGACCCGGCCCGCCUGUGGGUGAGCCCGACGUCCGAGGCGGCGCAAGAGAAGGCCUUCUUCGACGAGAACUUUGGGCCAUUUUACCGCACGGAGAAGAUCUUCCUGGUUAACGACCUCAACGCCUCGGCACCGGGCCCGGUCUUGAGCUACGACACGCUCCUUUGGUGGAUCGACGUGGAGGCGAGCAUCCGGAACCUCAGGGGUAGCAAGUACGGCAGCACGCUCCAGGAUCUCUGCCUCAAACCUGCUGGGGAUGCUUGCGUCGUUCAGUCCGUCGCGGCUUACUUCCACAACGACCCGGAGGAAGUAGACCGACAUGGCUGGAAGGCCAAGUUGAGGGAGUGCGCCGAUUCCCCGGUUGGGUGCCGUCCCGAAUACGGCCAGCCUUUGGAGCCGAAUAUGAUUCUCGGAGGCUACUCCGAGUCGGGUGACCCCGCUGACGCGACAGCCAUGACGGUCACCUGGGUCUUAAACAACUACCCCGAAGGUUCACCCGAGGCAGCCCGCGCGAUGGACUGGGAGGAAGCGAUGAAUAACCGGCUGCUGGCCCUUCAGGACGAAGCCAAGGAGCGAAACCUUAGGCUCUCAUUCUCUACCGAGAUCAGCCUGGAGGAGGAGCUCAACAAGUCGACCAACACGGAUGCCAAGAUCAUCGUCAUCAGCUAUAUCAUCAUGUUCCUCUAUGCAUCCAUCGCCCUUGGUUCCACGACGCUGUCGUUCCGCGAUCUGCUGCGCAACCCGGCCAUCUCGUUCGUGGAGUCCAAGUUUACGCUCGGCGUGGUGGGCAUCGUCAUCGUUCUCAUGUCCAUCACGGCGUCCAUUGGUCUCUUUUCCUGGGCAGGACUCAAGGCUACCCUCAUCAUUGUCGACGUCAUUCCCUUCAUUGUUCUGGCUGUUGGCGUCGACAACAUCUUCCUCAUCGUCCACGAGUUUGAGCGGAUCAACAUCAGUCAUCCUGAUGACGUGGUCGAGGUUCGAAUCUCCCGAGCGCUCGGCCGUAUGGGCCCCUCGAUCCUGUUCUCCGCCAUCACCGAGACGAUCUGCUUUGCGCUAGGCGCAUUUGUCGGAAUGCCCGCCGUGCGCAAUUUUGCCAUCUACGCUGCCGGAGCGGUGUUCAUCAAUGCCCUCCUCCAAGUCACCAUGUUCGUCUCUGUCCUCACGCUCAGCCAGAUCAGGGUCGAGGACUCGCGGGCGGAUUGCUUUCCGUGCGUGCAGGUCAAGUCGGCGAGGAUACAUCUGAACGGGAACGGCGGGAGCAACGGCGCCCGCUACUAUGAGGUGCCUGCGGAGGGCAUGCUGCAGCAGUUCGUCGGCAAGACGUACGCACCGAGGCUGCUGAAGAAGAAGACCAAGGCGGCCGUCAUCGCCGCCUUCCUCGGAGUCUUUGCUGCUGCGGUCGCGCUGCUGCCGGAGGUUAAGCUUGGAUUGGAUCAGCGUGUUGCUAUUCCCGAUGACUCGUACCUUAUCCCGUACUUCAACGACCUCUACGACUACUUCGACUCCGGCCCGCCCGUAUAUUUCGUCACGCGAGAGUUCAACGCCACGCAGAGGGAGCAGCAGCAGAAGAUCUGCUCACGCUUCACUACCUGCCAGCAGCUCUCGCUGACCAAUAUCCUCGAGCAGGAACGCAAGCGGGAGGGCGUGUCGUACAUCGCGUCUCCCACCGCCGGGUGGCUGGAUGAUUUCUUCCAGUGGCUGAACCCCGACAACGAGGCUUGCUGCGUCGACCGCCGCAAGCCGUGCUUCUGGCGGCGCGACCCGCCAUGGAAUAUCACCAUGGCCGGCAUGCCCGAAGGGGACGAGUUUAUUUACUAUCUCGAAAGGUUCCUGACCUCCCCGACCAACGAGGACUGCCCCCUGGCGGGGCAGGCGUCGUACGGGUCCGCCGUUGCCGUGGACUCGGAGCGUAGCACGAUCCGCGCCAGCCACUUCCGUACCAUGCACUCCCCGCUCCGCAGCCAAGACGACUUCAUCAAGGCGUACGCCUCGGCCCGUCGCAUUGCGCACGACAUCAGCUCCAGCACGGGUCUCUCCGUCUUCCCUUACUCCGUCUUCUACAUCUUCUUCGACCAGUACGCCUCCAUCAUCCGGCUGACAGCCGCCCUCCUCGGCUCGGCCGGUGCCAUCGUCUUUGUCGUCUCUUCUCUCCUGCUCGGAUCCGUCCUCACCGCCGCGGUCGUGACGGCCACGGUGGCCAUGGCCCUCGUGGACAUCCUCGGCGCCAUGGCGCUCAUGGGCGUCAGCCUCAACGCCGUCUCGCUCGUCAACCUCAUUAUCUGCGUCGGCAUUGCCGUCGAAUUCUGCGCCCACGUCGCCCGCGCCUUCAUGUUCCCCUCGCGCACCUUCAUGGAGCGCGCUCGCAACCGGUUCCGCGGCCGCGACGCCCGCGCGUGGACGGCGCUGGCGAACGUCGGGGGCAGCGUGUUUUCGGGUAUCACGAUCACAAAGGUCCUCGGCGUGGCGGUGCUUGCCUUCACGCGGAGCAAGAUAUUCGAGAUUUAUUACUUCCGAGUAUGGGUGGCGCUGGUGGUGUUUGCGGCCACCCAUGCGCUGGUCUUCCUGCCUGUCGCCCUGUCGCUCGUCGGUGGGGAGGGGUACGUUGACCCGGAGAGCGAGGGCAGCCUAGAGGAGGAUCUUGCCAGUCGGCGGUAUCGGGCUCUUAUGCCGGAGGGGGAGUCGGAUUCGGAAGAGGACUAGGGGGCUGAUGCGUUGGGGACUCGGCUGAGCAAUGGAGGUGAAAGUGCGGGAGUGAAGGGAGCCCCACGCUGAUCGUGUCUGGGUGCGGCGUCGGGUGUGGCGACACCGUCGACGCCUAGACCAACCCUCGGUUCGCUGCCGCGUGCUGCCG